AGAUAUCGCAUUGUUUCGAAAUAGCUGGUUUCAAGCUCGGUUUAGACCCCAUACUUCAAACACGUAGCUACAACACGUAUCAUGGCCGCCUCAACAACGAAUUCGACAACUCCGCAGCGAACACCGCUACCGAACACGGCCCGCCUGAUCGCUCUGAUGCUGGCCGGACAGGGGGUGGAGGAUGCCGAUGAGAGGGUGUUACACCAGCUGAUGGACUUUACACACCGCUAUACGACAGAUCUAUUGACGGACGCCAAGACGUACGCCAACCAUGCUGGUCGACCUGGUGUGGUCGAGACGACCGACGUAGAACUCGCUGUACAAACGAGGAGCGGGUACGAAUUCACCGAAGGGGCUCCUAAGGACUUCCUUCUCCCAUUAGCCAAACAACUCAAUCGCCUUCCCCUCCCCACUUUCUCCCAAUCAUACACUCACAUCCUCCUCCCCCCGCCUAACCAGAUGCUCGGACACGUCAACUACAACCUCGUGCCGAACCGACAUCCCGAAGCUUCUGAAGGCCUAUACGAAGGUUUCGAGGAUGAUGAUGAGGACGGAUGGGGUAGUGAGGACUACGGAUCUCAGGAUCAGGAGGACGAAGACGGGGAGGAUGUGCCGGCCGAACAAGCUUCCGGAGCGGUUGGGGCUGGUACCGUUGGGGAGGAUGAUGGAGACGAUGUGGACGGCAUGGACAUAGCCGAAGAUGUCAAGCCGAACAUGAAUGGGAACUCGAGCGGGAGCGAAGAACGCGGACAGAAGAGGUCGAUCGACGAGACCGAGUGAAGGAAAUCGUUGUUCAAGUUGAUCUCGACAGGCAGCCUAAUAUUGGGUGUUGGAUAGACGAACCGUUUGCUCGACUUUGUAAUUCUAUAGUGAGAGCUUGGGGUUGUAUCCUUUCAUCUUACGAACAUAAUACCUUACGUGUUUGACGCU